AUGCAACGCGAGGUGAUCAAAUGGGUGCAGUCCCUAGACCUCUCUAGCCCUAUACGUAACCCGAAACGAGACUUAGCCAACGGAGUUUUGGUUGCCGAAAUUAUCUCGAGGUAUUGUCAUGCACGAAACGAUAAUAGUAACUGUGACAGCCCCCGUGUUGCUUUUUCGAUGACGGGUAUUCUCACAGGUGUCUCUGCCGAGAGUCGGCGUCAUAAUUGGAGCCUCAUCUUGCGCACUCUGCAGGGCAUGAAGUGUGAGACGGUAACGGCUCCGCUCGUGGAGGCCAUUCUCCGUCUGCAUCCAGGCGCUGCACAGAUCGUUCUUGAUAAUCUAUACAAGUUUUUCACCAAAAAAACACUCCCUAUGCCUUCAUUGCUUGCCUCACAUAGUGGGGCUAAGUGUAUGCGAGGGGGUGAAGAGGGCGCCUUGGUCUCUGAGGAAACAACAGUUAUGGCGGCUAAAUUAAUGGGAGUUGCUCGAAAAACACCAUCCCUGGGUAUAAUUCAUGGUACUGCGUGCCCUUCAUCCACAAUCGUAAUGCCGGAAUUUGAUGAAGUGUCAGCGGAGGGCACAAACGUUUCCCCCGGGGCGGCUGGCGAUCAUCUUAAGCUAUUCCAAAGCCCAGGCAAACAUGCCCACCGCUUGCAGGAACUCGUAGCACUUACGCGGAAUGCGGAGCUGGCAGCUGGUGCGUCUUGCCUCUCGCAACCAAGCUACACUCUUUACACUGCCUCGACGUUGCUGCGGGUGGCCAACGACGAUCGCCAUCAAGUGGCGCUGGAUCGCUCGAAAUAUGUGGAAGAUGAACGCACUUCUUGUGUAAGAAAUCGCAAGAUUGUCAAGCAACACGCUUCGAUUAGUCGAUUGAUUCGUACUUCUGAUGUGGCUAAGCAGAGAAAACGGCUAUCAUUUGGUACAAACAUACAGGAAGGAGGGGAGACGGCCACCACUACCACUACCAGUAUCUCACUCGCAAAGCACAUUCGUGGACGAUUCUUUUUGGUCUCGAAGAAACCAGCAAACCGAUCAUUCCAAAAACGCAGCAUACAAGAUCCUUUGCAUUCCUCUACUCCACAAAUGGGUUCAAAACACACUGAUAGUAGCGUAAAGGCCUCCUCGUUGUCGAAAUGCUCGGAGGAGGAAUCCAUCGCACUGUUUGAGGCGUAUGUAUGGUCUCUGCGGGAUGGGAUAUCGCAUGUACUGCGGGAUGUUCUCGCAGCUCAUGGUGUGCUUAACUUAUUGACGAGCCUCUCUGAUAUAAAUCUCAACACCGAUGACGAGUCCGUGCAGUAUGAUCUCUUUACUGCCUUGCUCGCAAACCGACAUGCGGUGCCGUCAGGCGCACUACAGGAUUGUUGGAGGAUACUUGGUUUCCAUGCCCCGGGAAUCGCCGCCUCAAUCCACGCCCAGCCAGACCAGUACUCCUACCUGGUUCAGGCCCUUUGCUUUAUGUUUUCAAGUGAAUCUGCCAAAGUUCCUCUACUGCACGUCUCAACCGGAGAGAUCCAAAACUCUUCGAAUGCACUACACAUCAAGCCAAUCUCCCUCUCUAUGAGUAAAGAGACGGGGGGGGCGUGUUCCCCUGAAGCACAAAGUUGCAGGGACUUGAAUCCAGCAGGCGACGUGGAGGAAGACACUCCAUCUGUGCAGGAAGACUCUCAUCAGUGCGAUUUGGUGCAGCGCAUAGCUGAUGCACUUCUUGGCUUCAUGGAUUCGGAUCCCACUAUCAAUUCGAUGCGGCAGCAGGCGGUAUGCUCCAACGAUCAGGCCCUCCACCUGGUGAAUUCUCUUAUAUUUCUUUGUCGUGUGGGCAGCUCACUUGCGACAGCCUGGUGGGAUAGCUUCCAGGGUGAUGAGGCUGAAGAGUAUGAGGCGGUUUAUUGCCCAUCCGAAAACGAUAUUCCAAUUUACGUAAUGUCAACCUACUUUCUUUCAGCUUCGCGGCGUGUGCUGCUAGAAGAAGGUACUCCAGCCGUUGUGGAGGCUGUUGCACGUGUCUUUGUGUCAACACUAAGUUUUCACUGCAAAAAGGAAGAGCCAUGCCUUGAAGAGAUGAUUAUCCAGAGCAUCUCAAAUGAUCCUCAAAAUGGUCAGGGAUCGGAUAGCAUUAAUGCAAGAAAAUUUUAUUCCAUUACGAGGAUACUCGGAUUUAUCGAGGAACAUAUCACACCUGCCUUUCAUUAUGAUAAUGGUACCCUAUCCAGCGCAGCGCAUGGGAGCAUUUCUAUCCACAAGCCAUUUGGAGGACGGAAAAGCUACUUCCGGUUCAGCCUCACAGUGUAUCAUAUUCUUCGCCGAUUACUUCAAAGCGGUUUUGAGGAGAUCACGGAAAGAGGUAAUGAUACUGACUUAGCUCAGCUAAAGAAGUGCAUUUCAUCUUUUGCACUGAAUUCACUGUGCGAGGAGACACUGGAGCAGCGCUGCGUGGGUGUUGCAUUCUUGAUUUUGCUCAUUUCUGUUCGCUCAUGGGUGGAGGAAGCCUUAACCCCGGCGAACUUUUCAGGAUCUAGCAUGUCUCCAUCAUCCAUUUUGUGGACUUUUGUUCAACCCUUCCUACGCAUGAACGUGAAUUCAGCUACACCCUAUGAUGCCGUCUCGGUGGAAGCGUACCUAGCGCCAACGCUGCAAACAUGGGAGCUGCGUGUUCUCACACUUGAGUUCUUUUCUCUGCUUUCUUUGCAGGUCGCCUACGUUUUUUCCACUAGGAAACAACGGGUUUCACAGGGUGAGUUAGUUUUGCCGCGUGCGGUGGUCGACGAGUCGGUAGCGAUAUCAAAAGAGAUGCCAGGCUUCUCUACCUCAGUUGAUCUACAAUCUUCUUUACAGGAUACGGUUGUGAAGGUUUUACUAAGCUUUAAACAAGGCCCUGAUAUUCAUAGACAACUUGCCCUGUCGAUUGUUGGGCGGCGUCUGCUACCGGACGUUCAUCCGCGUAUCGCUGGAGCUUGGGUCGAUCUUCUCUUAGAUACUGAACCGGAGGCACUUAGUCGUUCUCUUUUACCUUUGGGAGAUCAUCACAUGAGGCUAAGUAUACCAGGAGGAGGCGCGCGGCCGUUUUCGUUCUCAGAAUCCUGGAAUAACGAAAAAAAUGCACACUUGGAUCAGGAAACACAAGCUUCUGCAGAUACUUUUGCAUCCUCACCUUCAAUUAGUAUGCUUUAUGGAUGCAUUGAGCCGUGCUACGCGGUAAUGCCGCUAAACCAGACAUGGAAUGUUGGCGCUGUCGUGCACACUGUUUUGCUCUUGCUUCAACCACAAAAGAAAAUUAGUGAUGGGUGGCGCUCCGCAACCCCAUUUCAGAUUCUGCAGAUCCUCGCCGCUGCAGCAAUGAGCCCUCAAGAUAUUGAAGUUCAAGGUCGACAAUUGCUGAAGGAUUUGAAACUAAUUGACUUUUUCCUGCCCCCUUUGGGUGAAACCGCACAGUCAGAGGUAGCAAGGAUCCAGUUACAUAACCAGGGCAAUUCAAAUUCGAUGCGUGCGGAUCGCAGAGAGACAAACGAGCAGGGAGGACUGGAAAGGGCAGAGAUCAACGAGGGUGCGGCUGAUUUUUCAUUAACGCUUCGUAGUCUUGUGCAAACAGCGUCACCGCUGGAUCUCUCUGUGGCGAGCGGAGAUGGGGAUUCAUCAAAGUGGUUUACCGCAUCACCGACGACAUUGAAGAGCGCUUUGCAGGAAGCUGGUGCUGCUGGUUCGAUAGGUGCCGGUGGCGGGAAAGCACGAUCUCCAAUAUUUCGUGAUGCCAAGCAAGGGGUAUGGGAUGCGCAAGACGUGACAGCUGCUUUUUGGUGCGGAUCCGUAAGACACUUGGUUCCUUUUUUUGUCUAUCUCCUCCGACUUGAUGAUUUCCCCACUAUAAAUUCCUUACCAUGGAGUAGAAAAGGAACUGAGGAGACAAAUGAUGAGGAAGUUGACCAGAAGAUCGUUACUGCGGUGCUUCUGGCGAUAGUUCAUAAGAUUCUGGCAUCAGUGAACGUAGCUAGUACAAUGCGUGAUUUAUGUGAGGAAUGCAAACAUCCGGAUAUCUGCCGAAAAAUUCUAUCCUGGUUCCUUUGA